AUGCUUCACUAUAAGUUUGCCCUAAUCGUCUCAGCCGUGCUAUUCUCCGUCACUCAGGCCAGCUGGCUCAGACGCGACGAUGACGAUGAGCCAAAACCAGUACACAUCAACUACCAAGUACCAGAUUGUGGAAAUAUCGAUGCACCAUGCGAUCUGAAUUGCAAUUUCGACGUUUCAUGUGUACCUCUUGGUUGGAAUCAUACAGCUUUGCCGUGUGCUUGUCCAGCAAUUUUGUGUUCGAAUGGCUAUAUGUACGGUUAUCCUGAUUAUCGGCGAGCACCGGCUCUAUACGGAGAUACUUUGGCCAAACAACCUCAUGUUGUGGCACCUUGUUACAACUGUACGCCAUCUGCUAUUGCUCCUUAUGGAAAAGCUCAAGGCAAUUGUGCAGAUCCUGACAAGCCAAAUUCACCAUCAGUAUGA